UUAAGAUCACGUGGAGGCGUGACAAUCGUGGCACAGUGAUCCCCAGGUGACUCGAGGUAGGACGCACAGCGACAUCAAAAUGGUGAACCUUGGAGAUGUUUUCCCCGAUUUUGAGGCCGAAUCAACACAGGGGAAACUCAAAUUCCACGCUUGGAUGGGAGGGUCUUGGAGUAUCUUGUUUUCCCAUCCGGCUGACUUCACCCCAGUGUGUACAACAGAGCUUGCCGAUGUCCAAAGAUUGAGUGAAGAAUUCAAGAAACGUGGAGUGAAACUUGUUGCACUCUCAUGUGAUGACACUAAAUCACACUGUGAUUGGUCAAAGGAUGUGAUCGCCUACUGCAAAAAGGGGUCGAGUUGUCAGGAUAAAGAACUGUCAUUUCCCAUCAUCUCUGACCCAAAACGUGAACUGGCAGUCCAACUUGGAAUGGUUGACCCUGAUGAGAAGGAUGCUGCUGGACUCCCUUUGACCUGCAGGGCAGUGUUCAUUAUUGGCCCAGACAACAAGCUGAAGUUGUCCAUGCUCUACCCAGCCACCACUGGCAGGAACUUUGCAGAAAUCCUGCGUGUGGUAGACUCACUCCAGCUGACCGCCACGAAAAAAGUUGCCACACCUGCUAACUGGCAGGCCGGUGGUGAGGUGAUGGUUGUUCCAUCACUGUCGAAGGAAGAAGCAUUGGCUCAAUUCCCCAACCAUGAGGUCUUCGAUGUUCCAUCCAAGAAGUCGUACAUUCGCCUCACAACGCUGGACUAAAAUAUAUGCUGGCGAAAGUUGAUCGCCAAACAGAUUAAGCAAACCAUUGUACAUGUAUAUCUAGAGAUAAAAGUACGAAAGUAUAUCACGAUGGCUCUGGAAGGUUUAUGUGUUUUGACAACAGAUUGAGAUAUCUUGGAUAACCAUGGUGUUGCUAGUCCAGUUUGUAUAUGAACCGGCCACAUCUAUACUCUAACUCAUGACUAACCUCUCAAUUAAGGGGCCGCUACUCUUGGACAUAAAGUGUCCUAAUCAGCCCUGGAAAAUAUAUUGUUAUUGAAUAACUGUGUCCACAUAUAUUUACAAUGGCUUAAUCUACAUCAUUGUAAAUUAACAUCAAUUGUUUCAUUAACUUACACUGAAUAGAAAGUGCUUUACCUUCCUUUUUUAAAAGCCCCUUUGUAACAGUUUAGUUUUCUACCUGUAUCAGUGGUUUCAUAAAAUGGCUUGUUAUCCAAAAUGUAGGUUGGUUGUAUUGUGUUAAAAUGGAUUUGAUUGUUAAUUAUUCAUCUGCUAGCUUUCUUGUCUUUAUUCCACAUACAGCUUUUGUUUAGAAAAAUUUAAGGAAAAUGUUUUGCUGAAAUGAUUGUGACUUUUUAUCAUUCAGUUCAAAUUGUUUUGAAAAAAAGCCAUUUCUAGCAGUUUUGAUGUUGCUUCCUGUUAAUCCUUACGGUGUAUAUUAGGUUUUACUUUUUGUAUUGUUAAAUUGUUGAGUCUAAGCAUUUAUAUUUUUAAAAUACAUUCAUUAACCUCUGCUUGAUUAAAACAGCUUCUACACAAUAUACAUCAAUAAACACUUGUACUGUAUCA